AUGUCAAUACACAUGUCUUAUACAAUCAUCAUCCCAUCUCCCUCGUUCUUGAUCUAUCCAAUGAAUCGUGUCAUGUCACGUCAAAGAGUAAAUGGCACUGCUCCGUCGCAUCAUGUCGUCGCGGUACUUGAUCAAUUCCUCCUACAUGUACAACCACCCCUUUUUCUACCCAGACAUUACCACGCCUGCCAAAUCUCGCGUCUUUCCUCUACUUUCCCCUCCUUCCUCCCUAGAAGUACAUGUGCAUUCGUUUGCACCCAUUCCCCUUGUGACUAG